CCGUCCUGUGCCCCCCCCCCCCCGGUGCCCCCCCUCCCGGUGCCCGUGGUCCGGCCAUGGAGCCGGCCGUGUCCCUGGCGGCCUGCGCGCUGCUGUUCCUGCUGUGGGUGCGGGUGAAGGGGCUGGAGUUCGUCAUCAUCCACCAGCGCUGGGUCUUCGUCUGCCUGUUCCUGCUGCCGCUAUCCCUCAUCUUCGACGUCUACUACUCCCUGCGGGCCUGGGUGGUCUUCCGCCUCAACAGCGCACCCCGUCUGCACGAGCAGCGCGUGCGGGACAUCCAGGGACAGGUGCGCAGAUGGCGAGAGCAAGGGGGUGCCACCUACAUGUGCACCGGCCGCCCCGGCUGGCUCACCGUCUCCCUCAGGGUGGGCAAGUACAAGAAGACGCACAAAAACAUCAUGAUCAACCUGAUGGACAUUCUGGAAGUGGACACCAAGAACCAGAUUGUCCGCGUGGAACCCUUGGUCAGCAUGGGGCAGGUGACCGCGUUGUUGAACUCUAUUGGCUGGACGCUGCCCGUGUUGCCGGAGCUCGAUGACCUCACAGUCGGUGGCCUGAUCAUGGGCACCGGGAUCGAGUCGUCGUCCCACAUCUACGGCCUGUUCCAGCACAUCUGCACGGCCUACGAGCUGGUCCUGGCUGACGGCAGCCUGGUGCGCUGCACGCCGACGGAGAACGAGGAUCUGUUCUACGCGGUGCCCUGGUCCUGUGGCACGCUGGGCUUCCUGGUGGCCGCCGAGAUCCGGAUCAUCCCGGCCAAGAAGUACGUGCGGCUGCAGUACGAGCCCGUGCGCGGGCUGGAGCGCAUCUGCGAGCGCUUCACCCAGGAGUCCGGCCGAGCCGAGAACCACUUCGUGGAGGGGCUGCUCUUCUCCCUGGACGAGGCCGUCAUCAUGACCGGGGUCAUGACCGACAAAGCCGAACCCGACAAGUUGAAUCGGAUCGGCCGAUACUACAAGCCGUGGUUCUUCAAGCACGUGGAGAAGUAUCUGCUGAGCGACCAGCGAGGUGUGGAAUACAUCCCCCUGCGUCACUACUACCACCGGCACACACGCAGCAUCUUCUGGGAGCUUCAGGACAUCAUUCCGUUCGGCAACAACCCCGUGUUCCGCUACCUGUUUGGGUGGAUGGUGCCGCCCAAGAUCUCCCUACUCAAGCUGACCCAGGGCGAGACCCUUCGCAAAAUGUACGAGCAGCACCACGUGGUGCAAGACAUGCUGGUGCCCAUGAGGUGCCUCAACCAGGCCCUGCGCACCUUCCACGACGACCUCCGUGUGUACCCCAUCUGGCUGUGUCCGUUCGUGCUGCCCAGCCAGCCGGGCUUGGUGCACCCCAAGGGGGACGAGACGGAGCUGUACGUGGACAUCGGCUCCUACGGCGAGCCCAAGGUGAAGCACUUUGAAGCCAGAGCCUGCAUGAGGCAGAUGGAGAAGUUUGUCCGCAGCGUACACGGGUUCCAGAUGCUAUACGCGGACUGCUACAUGAACCGGGAGGAAUUCUGGGAGAUGUUUGACGGGUCCCUGUACCACAAGCUGAGGGAGCAGCUCAACUGUCGGGAUGCCUUCCCUGAGGUCUACGAUAAAAUCUGCAAGGCGGCCAGACACUGAGAGUCCCGGCCAGGCCCAGGGCGGAGGGGGUGGCGGAGGCCGGGGACGGGAGGACCGGUUGGCCAUCUGGGGCCCGACUCCACAUCUGCCCGGGGUUCGGUUCCUCGGCCGUGACAGCUGUCCAGGGGAGGAGGAGGCCACGCGGCGUGCCCAGCUCAGGAGUGUGGCCGCCUCCCCCUUGGACUCCUGGGUCUCUGACGGCCGGGGCUUCUCGGGACCCAAACCACGCCCCCUCCCCAUCUGGAAGGCUGGAGGUCCCAUCUCCGUAGAUGUUCGUGCCUCGCUGUCCCCCCCACCGCCUUCCCCGCUGCCCCCGUGAUGGUGCCUGAUCGCUGUUUGUCAGAGAGCCUUCUCUCUUCAGGGCGGACCCCGGCUCAGUGGGAAGGGGAGCCGUCCGGGGGUCUCACCGGCAGUGCCCUGCUACCGCAGAAGGGCAGACUGCGGGCAGAAACCCCGACCCCCAUCCCUUCCAGCUCCCUCUUCCUUGGCUUCAUCCUAGUGCCUUCUGCAUUGUCUGACCCCCACUGCUCCCUGCCUCUCAUUCUCCUUCCCUCCUCUCUUCCCUCUUUCCCUCCUCUCUGCUUCCCUGGGAAGCGGAGGAGGAGGAGGAGAUGGGGGAGCAGGGAGCCAGCCCAGCCCUGGUCACCAUCAGAGAUGCCCACUUCUUUGAGAGAGGCCUGCGGAGGCCGCUGUGACAGAAGAGUGGAGUAUUAGGAGAGACCGCAGCCUCUGUGCGUGGUGUCCAGCAGACUGGCCCCGGGCCAGGUCCUGGAGCAGAACUCGCUUCCCACCCGCCCUCACGGCAGAGCUUAGUGGGAGAGAUCACCCGGGGGUUAGGGGUUGCCUGACCAGGAGAGCAGCAUGAUUGAUCCUGGGAUGGCCCGGGCCAAAGCAGUGAUUCUACGGAAUACGUAGAGGAGCGACUCACGAGGGCCAGAUUGAACCCCAGUAGUCCCGGACCCCAGCGGCCUGGGCUGGGAGCCCCCGGCAGCCCCAGACCCAGGCAGGGUGGGCCGGGACUCCCGGAAGCCCCCAAACCCCAAACUGGGAGUCCCAGCCUGCGGCCAAGGUCAAACCAAAAAACCGGAGGCAUCCUGGGACUUUGGCAGUUCCCAGGUCUCUCAGGUGACGAGGUAGUCAUUGCCAAGGGGACUGAGUGGCCGGGCUGACCGCAGCCCCGGGAACGGUCGGGUCCCGGGCCACGUGGGUGUGGCUGUGCUGCCUCCAGCCCAGGCCUGCUGUAAUUGUGCGUGCUGAGUGUGUUUCAGGAUUUCUGCAGUUUAUUUUUGUGGUGAACAUGUAAUUUAAAUGUGCUUUAUGCCGGAA